CCCAGCUUGAGAGGUUUAGGAUUAUGUAAGCCGCAGAGCCGCCUGGCGUGUGGGGCUGGAGUGAACCGAGAAUAAGCGAAACACGAGACGGCCGACAUUUCACGACACCUCCGCAGGAAUCUUUUCUGCAUUCUCAGUCUCAGAGGAUGGAAUAGGCUGCGGCUGCCACAGAUUCACACACAAUGGCAUCGAGAAGAGUCGUGCAGGCCUUGCGAGGCGCAUUGGCCACGCCGCCGCUGCGACUCUCCGCCGCGAGAUCGAGAGUGUGCUUCCAAUGCCAGCAGCGAUGGAGCUCCGUGUCGCAGCGACAAGGCUCCGACCGCGUCAACUUCCCCGGCGCCGUUAACUCCUCCUUCACCACCGACCUCAACUUCCAACGAGCCACCGAGGCCGAUGCCAUGCCCACCUACCGCUACCUCGACCAGGAAGGCCAGGUGAUUGACAAGGCGCGCGGCGAGCCCGACGUCACCGACGACGAGCUGCUCGGCUACUACAAGACCAUGGUGACGGUCAGCAUCCUCGACCUCAUCAUGUUCGACGCGCAGCGCCAGGGCAAGGUCAGCUUCUACAUGGUCAGCCAGGGCGAGGAGGGCAUUGGCGUGGGGAGCAGCAGUGCGCUGCGCAACGACGAUCCGCUCUUUCUGCAGUACCGAGAGCAUGGCGUGUUCUUCCAGCGUGGGACUACGCUUGACGACUUUAUUGCUCAGUGCUUCUCUACCAAGGACGAUACGGGUCGUGGCAGGAGCAUGCCGGUGCAUUACGGCUCGAAGAAGCACCACGUUCACACGAUUUCCAGCUGUCUGGCCACGCAGCUCCCGCAAGCCAGCGGCGCCGCGUAUGCCCGCAAAAUCGAAAACGCCCGCAACCCGAACAAGGACGAGCACCGCGUGGUAGCAUGCUACUUCGGCGAGGGCGCAGCCAGCGAAGGCGACUUCCACGCCGCCCUCAACAUCGCCGCCACCCGCAGCUGCCCCGUCGUCUUCAUUUGCCGCAACAACGGCUAUGCCAUCUCCACCUCCACCCUCGAGCAGUACAAGGGCGACGGCAUCGCCUCCCGCGGCGUCGGGUACGGCGUCGACACCAUCCGCGUCGACGGCAACGACAUCCUCGCCGUGCGCGAAGUGACCAAAGCCGCGCGCGCCCUCGCCUUAUCGGACGGCGGCCGCCCGGUCCUCAUCGAAGCCAUGUCCUACCGCGUCUCGCACCACAGCACGUCCGACGACUCCUUUGCGUACCGCGCGAAGGUGGAGGUCGAGGACUGGAAGCGGCGCGACAACCCCAUCACGCGCCUGCGCAAGUACAUGGAGAACAAGGGGAUUUGGGACGAGGAGAAGGAGAAGCAGCUGCGGUCGGAUGCGCGCAAGCAGGUGCUUGACGCUUACCGGAAGGCGGAGAAGGAGAAGUGGCCGCCGCUUGCGAACAUGUUGGAGGAUGUGUACGCGGAGGUGACGGAGGAGCAGAAGGAGCAGUUGGUCAUGGUGAAGGAGAUGGUGGAGAAGUAUCCCGAGGAGUACGAUUUGGAUAUCUACGAAGGCGGACUGGACGCUUUGAAGAGCACUGUAGAGGCGCAGCGAUGAUGAUAGCCGGCGUUUAGAUUCCUUCUUCCGUGAACAAAGACCACGCAUUUCUACCUCACAACAACUCCUCCAAAUCCAACCCCUGCACCGACCCCAAAAACUCCCUCCCCUCACUCGUCCCAUGCUCCUCCCGCUGCCUUAACAACGCAUCAACAUCCACGCCCCCACCAGUAAGAUACUUCUCACUAACCCCCACAUUCACCCUCUGCUUCAACAACCCGUUCAACUCUGCCCGCAAAGAAGCAACCUCCGCCUUACUCAACCCGCUCGCCUCGCGCUCCUUCUUCUUCCUCC